UUGAUUCGCACGGUGUACAGUGUAUGACGUGCGUUUAAAUGUGUGUGCGUUUUGUGUGUGCAAUUCGAUAUUGUCGCGUGGCAUCGACUGAUAAAACAACGCUGUGUAAAAUAAGACGGAACGCGUGAGCGCGCACGUCCCGUUUAGUAUUUCACGUGCAUUGUACGACGGUGAACCUAAAAGUAUUCGCGUUCACGUGCGCCCGUCGAUGAAUGAAUAAUUUUUGAGUGCGUGAACGUUGUGAUUGUGCCCGGCCCGCUAGUUGCGAUUAUAUCGAUUAAGGGAUUACACUCUUAUAAAUUGCGUUGGAUUGCAAUAAAUCAACAAACAAGAACAAGAAAAAUCGCUAAGCCUGCGUGUGAUAUCGAGUGUACAAAUUGAUUUUUUUGCUAGACGUGAUUUUAAGUAAAUCGUCAAAACGUCACCAACGGCCGAAGAUCACAAUCUGCUAGCAAUGGCUGGUUUUCUGAAGGGACCAGGACACUUCCAAACACACGCUUUAUCAGGCAUGCCUAUGCCUGGUUUAGGACCUUUUGGAUUAACACACUCUUUGGAACCGGUACCAUAUCCGCAAGUUUGUUCAUAUUUUGCAGGUGUGAAUCCAAGGAAACAACGCAGGGAACGUACCACAUUCACACGCGCACAACUCGACGUCCUCGAAGCCCUCUUCGCCAAGACACGCUAUCCUGACAUCUUUAUGCGUGAGGAAGUGGCACUGAAAAUCAAUCUGCCCGAAUCCAGAGUACAGGUCUGGUUUAAAAACCGUCGUGCAAAAUGCCGGCAGCAAAUGCAACAGCAGCAGAACAGCAAACCGUCGAAUACGACCUCACGACCCGACACGACACCACCAAAAACGAAGCUUCCAGCGAAGGGUUCACCAGUGGUGCCUGCUACCAUUGAAACACCGCCUGCUGCUUUCCUACCCAGACCGUCCACGUCCGUCUCGCCGCCGGUGGUGAACGUCAAGAAGGAGUCGCCACAGAUGCCCAACUACAAGACAAAUGGUAACCUCACGCCGUUGGGCAGCAACACAAGCAGUGUGAUCACAACACCUUCGCCGCCGAUCACGCCGUCCAGCAAUCCUCCAUUGACCUAUCAGUAUGAUUCGUACAAUUCCUUCACAAACUGGCAUAAUGGUCACAACUCAUCGCCACACUACUACGGCCAGAAUUAUAAUCAUGCCGCCGCCUAUGGUCAGAUGGACUACUUCAACCAACAGUCCGGUCAGAAUCAAAUGCAGAUGGGUAAUCACAUGGGCAGCACCUACCAGAUGGGCGGCUAUUCGGCGAUGAGCAUGGCCGCCACGCAUCACUCCAACUUUUGCCAAAGAAAUUGUGAAUGCAGUUUGGACUACAUGAAUCAGGCUGUUUGAACUUCGACGAGCUGGCAGUCGUCAUCGAAUCUCAUUCCGGACGAGACACGUGAACCUAAACGAACGAAAGCAUGAUUUUAUGUCCGACGGCGUAAAACAAUAAACUGGAUUGUGCAGUAUAUAAAUUAUGUGUAGUUUAAGUGUUAAUUGCAAGCAGACGCAGCUGAAUAUCGGGAUCUAAGUACAAAUCUGCAAAAACGGAUUCAUCACCUUACCAACGACAAUCGAAACAGCGUAAACAGCGAAUUGCAUUAUGUUGUCCAACGAUAUAUUCAUAAUAUUAUACGAUGCGAAUAACCUCGAGAUAUAAUAUUAUCACAUAUAUCGCUUUUGUGCAUAUCAGGCAAAAACACAAAACAAAACCGCAACAAAAGUCACAAACGUGCAGGUUGAAUCUGUACCGAAUUAUAAUUUAUAUAUCUAAUUUAAUAAUUGCAUUGAACAAUUUUUAUUGUACAUAAAAUCUUUUAAGCUUAGGAAAGAACUAGAUGGUUGUGUAUAUUAUCAGAAACGAAUUUUGCGCCUAAUUGAACUUGACGGCACUAAAACUGUGUUUUAGUUAGAACUAUUUUCAAUAUUACACUGGUUUUUUUUUCGCUCGAAACGUUGACAGUUAAAACCGCAUACGAACAAAAAAAAAGAAUGAGCAUGACGCAUUAACAAUUUAUGUAUUUGCAAAAAAUUAAUCUGUUGUUAAUCCUCUAUACCUACAAACAAAAUUGCAGAAAAAAAUAAUAAAAAAACACGCGGCGCUAAAUAAACAAAACUAUCAACAACUGGAAAUGCAAACUAUUCUUUAUACAAAAACAAUGCAACAAAACAAUUAAUAUCUACAUACUCAACUUGAGCAAGGAAAUACAAAUUAGAAACGAAACUUGUAAAUUAUUAUUAUGUAGCUUAUAUUAUUAUUUACUGUAUAUAUUUAUAGAAAUUUAUCACAUUUAUUCGAGUGCAUAAUAUAGAUAUGAAUUAUAAAAACAAAUAAAUAUGAAUAAACUUGAAUCUUUAAAACUAAA